AUGUCCAUGAUGCUGCAGUCGACCCGCGCCCUCAGCGUCCGCGUGGAGGCGAAGAAGUCGGCCAAGUCCACCACCAAGAAGGCCGCCCCCAAGAAGUCUGCCGCCAAGGAGCUGUCCUGGUACGGCCCCGACAGGCCCACGUUCCUGGGCCCGUACAACGGCGCCACCCCCGCCUACCUCACCGGCGAGUUCCCCGGUGACUACGGCUGGGACACCGCCGGCCUGUCGGCCGACCCCGCGACCUUCGCCCGCUACAGGGAGCUCGAGGUCAUCCACGCCCGCUGGGCCAUGCUCGGCGCUCUGGGCUGCGUGACCCCCGAGCUCCUGGCCAACAGCGGCACCCCCCUGCCCGCCGGCGGCGUGUGGUUCAAGGCUGGCGCCAGCAUCUUCGGCUCCGACGGCCUCAACUACCUCGGCAACCCCAGCCUGAUCCACGCCCAGUCGAUCGGCGCCACCCUGGCCAUCCAGGUCAUCCUCAUGGGCCUGAUCGAGGGCUACCGCGUGAACGGCGGCCCGGCCGGCGAGGACCUGGACCCCCUCUACCCCGGCGAGAGCUUCGACCCCCUGGGCCUGGCCGACGACCCCGACACCUUCGCUGAGCUCAAGGUCAAGGAGAUCAAGAACGGCCGCCUGGCCAUGUUCUCCAUGCUCGGCUUCUUCGUGCAGGCCAUCGUGACCAAGGAGGGCCCCAUCGCCAACCUCAACACCCACCUGUCGGGCCCCGCCUCGAACAACAUCUUCAACUCCGCCCCCGGCCUGGCCUAA